GUACGUUGAUCAGUUUACGGUGACCGCUCAGCAUCUCGAAUUUCGUCGACUCGACACUUUCUGCAGGCUAUUUGCGAUGGGCAUGCUGUUUAAAAGGAGACAAAAUUUAAGACACGACGAUUCACCACAACCUACCAAUAGCUGAAAAGCAUCAUUGUGUCCAGACAAUCACGUAGUCGUCGCGACGAUCGCAUAUUAGCCAUGUGAACGGAACGUGAUGGUGACCAUUCCACGUAAACAUUCCGAAGAAAACAAAAUUUUCCAUCCAGGAACUUCGGCACAAAGUCGUUCAUAAAAAUGUUUAAAAAAUUUAAGGACAAAUUGGCAGAAGAGAUGAAACAAUCCCCAUCCAGGCUACAAGCGGGCAUGCAACAAUUAGCCCAGGCCGUCAUUUCUCCAGCUGCUUCCGGUAACCACAUCCCAGAUAUCACCACUUCUGUCGACGAUCUAAAUUUGACUUCAGAAGAAGCUGAAACUCUGCAGAGCAGUUCGACAAUGAAUCAAUUCCAAAACAUAGACCUACAAGCCUCAAAUUCUAUGGAACGCUCGCGACGAUCCUCAUUCAGCAGCGUGACCAGUGAUAGUUUUUUUCCAACUUAUGAGAGCCCAGGAAACAUCUAUCACAUGCAGUCCGAUAUGGAACAGUCAGCGAGCGAGUUUGAGGACAGUUCUUCUUCACAGUUAGAGCAUAUCACAAAAGAUGAGUUAUACAAUGCUUACCAGAAAUUAAGAACAAAAUACACAAAGUAUCGUGCAGUGUACAGGGAAGUUCUCAAAGAAAACACAAAAAUGAAAUCCGUCCUUGUUGAAACCCAGGAUAAAGCAUUAAGGAGAAUAGCUAAUCUCAAGGAACAGUGCCAGCUCGAACAGGAUGCUAAGGCCCAUUUAGAGGAGGCCUUGAGAAAUGAUAUUGAGGAGAAGGAUCACCUGAUAACCACGCUAAACACAAAAAUCAAACUAUUGCAAGUUCACCAACCAGAAAGUAUAUCAGCCUCAGAAUCUAACGGAAAGAAUGACAAUAGUGGCAUCGAUCAGUUUGUCGAUUCGACGAACAAAGAUUUUGAUGGAAAAAGUGAUCUACUUGCCGAGAACGCAGUGUACAAAGAAAGAAUAAAAAAGUUUGAAAACCUACUGGCCAAGUGCAAUGAGUCAUUGAAGAGGAAUAAAGAGAAAAUUACUCAACUGACAGAGAAUCGGGAUAUAUUAGAAAGAGAUUUAAAUAUUUUGAAGAAAAGCACCGUAGAGCGAACAGAGCUGUUGGAGAGUGAAAUAUAUAAUGCGAAACGCGAGAUAAUGUCACUCAACGAACAGAUUAGUGUCUUUAAAAAACGCGAGGAAGAUUCCGCUCUGUCGUUGGCAGAAAACAAAUUAUUUAUACACCGGGAACUCGAUGUUAAAGAAGAGCAGAAUAAACAAAUUCAAAAAGACUUGAAGAAGACAACAGAACACAAUAAUAUCCUUGCCGAAGUAGUCGCCCAAUACGAUCACGAAUUUAAACAGUUUAACGUUAUAAUGAGCGAUCGCAGCGUAGAGCCCGAUAAGAAGAUUUCCCAGCUUCAAAACCUAUUUACAAAUAAGUCUGAGGCUUUGAAACUUAUACAUCAAGAUAUUGAGCACAAGUUUGUCAAUGCUAAUGAGGAGAUGGUGGCCAAACAGGGGAGUAAAGUUGAUCAGAAUCAAGAGAGUUCGAGUUCUAUUCACACAGGUAAAAAUGAAAGCAGUAUCAAGAACGAGGAAAUCAGCAGGUCGAGGGAUGAACUGGAAAUACAAAAUGCGCAACUUCUGGGCCUGACAACGGAACUGAAAUCUUGCAAAUCGACGAUAACGGAUCUCAAGGAAAUGCUGAGAGAUGUGACGAUCGAGUGGGAACAAGCAACGAGGGAUAAGAAGAAUUUGACAACGAAUAUACUCAACUAUAAAGAAAUCAUCGGUAAACUCAGGUGCGAUUGUAAUUCUUUGAUGGAUCAAGUCAAGCAAAAUCAUUCCGAUCAUAAAUCCACAAUAGUCCUGAUGAACAAAAAAAUGUCAGACAUACUUAAUCGGUCUCAUACAAAGGUCGACAAAGCAGUAGGAUCUCCGGCCAAUUCGAUAUGUGGGGAUGGAGACGAAUCUCAAGUUAUGAAAGAAAAUCUGUCUAGAAACACCGACGAUUCAGAUGUAGAACUCAAAAGUAUCAUCAAUGAAAAUAAUGCACUGAAAAAGAAAUGCCAGGAUCUGAUGGAGCAGAAUAAUGAUAUGAUAAACAAAGUUCAUGAAUUUGACGUAAUCAAUUCAAAAAACAUCAAACUUAUAGCAGAAAUUGAUAGACUGAAUUUCAAAUUACAAGAUCUCGCACAGCUACAUGAAAUCCAAGAUAAAUUACAAUCAGAAAUGGAAGGUUUGAAGGAAAAGUUGCCAUUUGGUGACACCGUUGAGCAUAACAGUAAGCAUUUCACAAACGAAGUUUCCUCUCUCAAGGAAAAAUUAAGUAAUUAUGAUUCCCUUCUAAAAGAUAAUACAAUCUUGAAACAAGAAUUAGUCGAUUUGAAGAAUCAAUUAGCCCAAGUUAUGGGUAGCAUGGCAUCGUUCAAGUCAGAGCAGGUGGAAAAUAUGGAUGUUAGUGUAAGAAAUUUUUCUGAAAAGUGUGCGGAUUAUGAGAAUAUGAUUGUCAAUUUAACGGGCAAGUUCUCUGAACAAACUAAGCAGUUGGAAAAUUUGUACAGUGAACUGGGGAUACAGAAAUCCAACUUCAAUGAGCUUAAUGAGAAAUAUAAGGCUCGAAACUUGGAGUUUGAGGAGGCUAACAAGGCAUUGGAAAAAAAAGGAUUAGAAUUUGAGGCAUUGAAUGAAAAGUGUAAUAAGCAAUACUCAGAGAUCGAGGACCUCAAAGGGAAAGGGGCAGAGAUCCUUAAACAGCUUGAUGAGACAGCUAAAGUCCGACAAGAGAUGAUAGAUAAAUUCAAUCAACUGGAAUUCUCUAAGAAUAACAUAAUUAUCAGCAAAACUAAGGAGCUGGAAGAGCUCAGGUUGGAGCAUGAAGCAGCGUUGAGAGAGUUGAAUUCCUCCAACGAAAUGAAGAACGAAUCGAUAAUUCUGAAAAGCAAUGAAAUCCAAGUUUUAACGAAUGACAAUGUAGAAUUAGCUGAUGAAAUUGAACGCCUGAAAGCUAAGAUUAGUGAUAUGGAGAAAUUGAAAGGUAGCAAUAGUGCACUACAAAUGGAGUUGGAGGCACUCAGAAUAGACAGCGCAGAACUCGAAAAGAAAAACGCUGAAUUAAAGAAAACGGAAAAUCAUCUGCUGGAACAGAACACUGGGUUGAAAGACAGCAUUUUAAAAUCACAGACCGAAUUUGAUCUUAUUAAAAAAAAACUCGAUAUGGAACGGUGCAAUAUUGAGAAAAGAUGUCAGGAGUUGUGCUCUGAAUUAGAAACUGCUAAAGAAAAAAUCGCACAAGCUGAGGCUGGGAGUGGACAGUUAUGCAAAAAGAUUGAAAUUUUAGAAAAACGAGAAUCUGAACAAUCUGUGCUACAGGGCGAGCUUGAUGCCAAGAAUAAAAUAUUAGCCAAUGAAGUUAGCGUACUUCAGACGGAAGUAGAGGCUUUAAAAAAUGUACAGCAAACGAACGUAGACUUAGUAAAAGAAAUCGUGGAUUUAAAGUCAAAGAUUCAAACACUGACUGGUGUUGAAGUAAAGAACGUUGAGUUACAGACUUGUGUCGAGUCAUUAAAUCAUAAAAUAAUUACCUUAGAAGGGCUUGAGAUGGAAAUCCAUAGCUUGACCAGCGAAAAUGAGCGUUUAAAGGUAAUUGUUGCCGAAAUCGAGAUUCUUAAGUCAGAACAUACCGCUCUGAGAAGAGAGUUGGAGAUUUCAGACCAAUCAAGGGCCGAAUAUUUGGCAGAAAUAAGCAAUUUACGAGACGAGAAUACCAAGUUGGCUUUGCAGUUGGAGGAAAUGCAAAUUUCGCUAGAUCAAAAGGAUCAUUCUGAUUAUGUCGAAGCUUUGGAAAAGAAAGACCAAGAAAUCAGCAAAUUACAAAGGACAGCUCAAGAUUCAUACAUCGAAUUCAAAACUAAAACUGAAGAGCUGAUAGAUCAACGAGAAAAAUUAAUAUCACAGCAUGCAGAUAGUUUAGAAGUUAAUAUAAAGAAGAUUGCUGACUUGGAGAUCUUGGCCGAAGACUUGAAAAUAAAGUUAGCAAAACAGACAGAAGUGGCAAAUGCUUUUGAAACUAUGAACAUGCAACUCCGGGAUCAAGAUCAAAAAACAAAUUCUGAACGGAAAAAUAAUUUAGCAGAAAAAGAGAAGAGAAUUAUAGAACUUAAAGAUUUGGCUGAGGACUUGGAAAAACAAUUAGCGGAGCUUCGGGGAGAAGUUGACGCGUGCAGAACAACGAAUAAAGAACUACGAGAUGAAAUAGUUGCAAUAAAUUGGAAACACUCCAAUAUGAUGGACGUCAAGACCAGCGCGAUUACCGAACUAGAAAAGGUAUCUAGAGACCUGGAAGAAAAAUUAGUGAACAGAAUAGAAGAAAUUCAUGCACUAGAUGCUGCGAACAAGGACUUACAGGUACGGCUUGAAACCGUCAGCCAAAAUGCAAUAAGUGAACAAGAUUUAAUGAUGAGUUAUCAGAAGUCACAGGAUCAAAAUAAAGAACUUCGCACACAUUUGGAUGAGGCAGUUUUCUUGCAAGAGGCCAAGCAAUCACAAAUAGAGAUUCUCAGUCAAGAAUUGAAGCAACAAGCCGAUAAUCUUAAUGAUAAGUUGAAAACCAACGAAGAAGAACAAAGCAUGAGGAUAAAACAAUUGGUGAAGGAAUUUCAAGCCCAAAUUCAUGACAAAGAUGAACAAAUACAGGCAGCAUUGGAGAAACGGUUCGAACGUCAGCAGAAUUAUGAAUCCGAGUUAAUCCAACAAUACAAAGAACAGCUCAAAGAUUUCCAGGUUGAGCUUACAGCAAAAUCAGAACAAAUUGAAAAUUUAAUUCUGAGUAACAAAGAUACGAUCCAGAGUUAUAACGAUCAUAUUCAGGAGCUGACUCAAACCAUUGCUCAGAUCAAGAAAGAACACGUAAACGAAUUACAGGAAACUGAGCAAAAUUGGAAAACGAUAUUAAAGCAAAGGACCGAUCAGCUCGAGACCAAACACGCGGAUGAAGUCAAUGAAUUGACAAAAGAAUGGUGGAGCGAGAGAAAGGCUGCCGAAAACAGCGAUACUUCUAUAGGGGAGUUGGAAGGUACAUCCCGAGUAGCAAUGGCUACGAUACAAUCGAACACAGGGUCUCUGCACUCCCUCCAGCAGACUUUGAUAUCCCAAAAACGCGAGCUUUCAGAGCUUCGAAAGUUGCUCAGGAUAAGAAACGACAAUUUGGAAGGAUCUACAGAAAUUGAAUACCUAAAGAACAUUUUAUUCGAGUAUAUGAUGGGAAGGGAAACCCUUGUUCUUUCAAGAGUUAUAUCAGCGGUGGUUAAGUUUGACCAAGAACAGACGUCAAAAGUAUUAAAAAAAGAGGAGGAUAAACUGACGUUGCUGGGCUCGCUUGGUCUUUUAUAACAGUAGGCUUUAUACAAACUGGUGGAUUACCUUCUGUGGGGCUGGUAUCUAUAAGGAAAUAGGUGUUCCGCCAUAAUUUGUAAAAUUAUUAUUAUUUUGAAGUAGUCGUGACACGACUGCCGUGAGUGAAACUAGCGUAAUUUUGGAAGUCAGUGUCAGAUACAUGAAUUCAAAUUAUAUCACUAAUCUAUAGUGAAUUAUAAAUACGUACAUUUGUUUAGUUAUAUCAACAAAAGAGAGAAAUAUUAAAUAUAAUGAUAGUUUAACGGAGUCUAACACUUUUGAAAAUUUCAGAUAGAUUUGGUAGUACGAAAAAGGGUAGUACGCAAUCAGAAGGGUUACCACUAAUACGGUUGUAAUUAUGGGCAGAAACGAAAAGGUCUGUACAAAUAAUUUGCCUAAUCAGAAUAUUUGUAUAUUAUUAUUUACACUGAUGUAUAAUUUUAAACACUAACAAACUAAUUGCAUAUAUUUUGACAAAUAUCAAAUCUUCACAUUACAGAAACAAAUAGCAUUUUAUGACGAGUAUUUAUUGAAUUAACAACAAUUGUAUCAUCUGUUGUGAAUCGAAUAAACAGCAGAGUG